AUGGCUGUCACUUCCACGCGCGACCGACCUGUUUAUCGCGCCCACGCUACUCCGCCGCCACCGACUCACCUUGACCGCAACCUCUACCACAACCUCAACAUCAACCUCCACCCCCGCCAGCCCUAUACCACUACCGUCUCUCGACUAGUGGCUCGGCUGCCCGCAGGCGCUUCGUCAUGGCUCCCCAACCCCGAGCUCGGAAGUCCGUCAAAGACAACAGCCUACAACAAACACACAGGCCGCCCCAUCCGGAAGAGCGCCGGCAAAAUCAAAAGAGUAGACGGCUACGUCGACAUCCAAGACGAGGAUCUAGGCCCACUAACCGCCGAGGAGAGCGAUGAACAAGACGACGAAGACAUGGAGCCACACGGCCGUGCAAACAAGAAGAAGAAAGGACGUGCAAAGAAGCGCAAACGCAGUCCCUCGCCCCCGUCGCCUCAUCUAGACCCUGUCAUCCUCGACCAAGAGCUUGACGAAUUGACCGACGUGGAGGAGGGCGGUGUCUUUGUUCGCAACAUCAAGAAACCUUCGCCAAUGACACUGCAGUUCAACGUCCCGCUAGGCUUCCAUGGCCCUCUCUUUGUCAAGCUCGACCGCGCUCUGAUCGAAACCAGCGAGCAAGGCACACUGCAUGAGAUGAAGCCAAGCAAGUCCAAGAAGAUGUGCACUGCUUCUCCGGAAUCAAAGUCCAAAGGAAAAGCUACCGUGCAACCAAAGGGAUUUACAGACUUGCCGCCAGAGCUGCGCAACACCAUCUAUCGCUAUCUGUUUGCUCGGAAAGACAAGGACCAGAGGCUUAGGAUCCCAGUGAGCCGACACAGCUCUGCCUCGUCUCUUUCAAAGUCUGGCCAGUUUCUCCGAACCUGUAAACUGGUCCAUAGCGAAGGCUGCUCGAUUCUGUACGGUGAGAACACAUUCUCAUUCCACCGCCAUUACGCCACACGUGGUCCGUUCUGGGAGGCUGUGCCCAAGGAGAUUGGCUAUCAGGAUGUGCUGCACUUCCUCAAGAUGAUUGGGCCAGAGAACCUGCAAUAUCUCCGCGAUAUCAAGUGGGUCUUUGACGACGCGCACCCUCGCGACACGCCUUACUAUACGUCCAACGAGAGCCGCCGUUACCUCAAUGACGAUUAUCUGCUCAACUGCCUGCGUAUUCUUCGUGGCGCCAAACUUCGAAAGAUUUCCCUCUUCUUUGCUGGCCGCCGACAACUGCAGCGGUCUGACGUCAGGUUUCUGAGCUAUCUGGAACAGGUCAAGGCCGACGAGGUGGUCCAGACGCCUGACAAAUACUACGCAUACCGUGACAAGAUGCAUCCGCUGGCGUGGGUUGAGCUUGAGGAAGCUAUGACGCGCAAGAAGAAGCUUUACGACAAGGAUAACUGAAGCACACGGUGCGCGACCUUUACGCAUGCCACAAGGCUGACUGAUUAUACGAGCGUUAGCUCGGACACUUUUUCAUUCCUUUGCUUUUUGCUGGAUUCACGACUUUCCUCUUGUGCCAUGGCACAAAAUUGUUCGGCCGUCUUUGCAGGGUACCGGAACUCCUGCCAUCAACCGGCUACUACCAUGUUCUUGCGGGUCUUGACUGCAAACUCCAGCUUGCAGGCUGCAUGAUGCAAUUGUGCUUGCUCAGGAGGCGUUUUUCAAGACAGACCUUUUUCUUUUCAUUUGCGGCACUCUGGUGUUCCCAUGUAUUUUCCCACC